AGCAGUCUCGGUUUCCCGGAGACGCAGUUUGUCAGAGCGCAGCGCAGCGCACCGCGGAGCGCGCAGCUCCGGACGCACCUGAACAGUCGGAGCGGAGCGCUGCAACCAUCCCUGAGCUGGAAGCAGCUCUUCACCUGCUCUGAGCCACACACGCACGCACGCACAAACGAACAAACACACACCUCUGCCACGUAGUCUCUGAUGGACACAGCGACAGUCUGGCGGAGCCUUGGCUGAUGUGGAGUAACAUUUUUACCUCUUUGGCGUCUCCCGUGGACCAGAUGAUUGAUGUUUCUGGGAGGAGGAGGCUCACUUGAAUUUGAAGCGUUCCAACAGCGACUUUAGGAAGCCACGAAACUCCGCGUGGGGCGUGUGCUCCGUGUUCAUUCUCACUACAAUGUCCCACACCGUCUGCGUGGAAAACUUAAAGGCAUGCUGCUCCCUGAGGGGCAACGAGCAGCGAGCUGGCUGAAAGCAGAUGGACACAAGCACAACAAUACACCGGAGUCCCACUGUGUUGCUGAAUGGGUGACAAGUUCCCCGUUACCUCUCGUAGCCCGUGAAGCCCCCCUCCCAUUGCACAUUGCAGGACAGGGUCCCCCAGCAGAGUUGCAGGGAUGUACCAGGAGGUAGCCUUCUUGGCAGGCAGCACUGACCACCAGUUCACCAGUUUCCACUUCAACCGUGUAGAGAACCCGCAAGAGGUCACAUCCAAGAAGGGCUUGUUCUACAAACGAGCCCAGCUCUUGCUCCAGCCUCAGCCACGUCAACAGGACGGAGAUGAGAUCGGCCUGGCAGAUGGAGCAGCCAUCAUCAAUGUGGGGGGCAUCAAGUACCACAUCCCCUGGUCCACGCUGGAGGAGUUCCCCCUGACACGACUGGGCAAACUUCACAGCUGCAGCAAUGAAGCCGAGAUCAUGGACGUGUGCGAUGACUAUGACGGCAGCCGCAACGAGUAUUUUUUUGACCGAAGUCCGUCCGCUUUCCGCAUCAUCGUGACUUUCUUGGCAGCAGGGAAGCUGCGGCUCCUGAGGGAGAUGUGCGCCUUGUCCUUCCAGGAGGAGCUCCUGUACUGGGGGGUGGAGGAGAACAACCUGGACUGGUGCUGCCUCAGGAAGCUGCGGCUCAGACAGGAGGAGUUCAAGGAGCAGCAGAGGCUGGAGGAGGAGGAGGCCGAUCUCACGGCGCCACAGUCCUGUGAGGAGAGCCAGCAGCCGCCAGCAGCGCCAGAGGAGACCCUUACUGGGGGCUGUAUGCGGAGGCUGAGGGACAUGGUGGAGAACCCGCACUCCGGGCUCCCUGGCAAAAUCUUUGCCUGUCUGUCAGUGUUAUUUGUAGCCAUCACAGCUGUGACAUUGUGUGUCAGCACCAUGCCUGACCUCAGAGCGGAAGAGGAGAAGGGUGUGUGCUCCCAGAGGUGCUACAACAUCUUUGUUCUGGAGACAGUGUGUGUUGGCUGGUUCUCCCUGGAGUUCCUGCUACGUUUCAUUCAGACUCAGAGCAAAUGCAUGUUCCUGCGUACACCUCUAAAUGUCAUCGAUGUGGUGGCCAUCCUUCCCUACUACAUUACCCUGAUUGUGGACUCUCUGUCAGUGGGUGGCAAAUCUACGGGCUCCGGCAACAACUAUCUGGAGAAGGUGGGGUUGGUCCUCAGAGUUCUCCGAGCUCUGCGGAUCUUUUAUGUCAUGAGGUUAGCUCGUCACUCCUUAGGCUUGCAGACUCUUGGUCUGACAGUGAGGAGGUGUACACGUGAGUUUGGCCUGUUGCUGCUGUUCUUGUGCGUGGCCAUGGCACUUUUCUCACCACUGGUGUUCCUAGCUGAAAGCGAAAUGGGUGCCAAGCAGGAGUUCACCAGCAUCCCGGGUAGUUACUGGUGGGCUGUCAUCUCCAUGACCACAGUCGGCUAUGGGGACAUGGUGCCCAGAAGCAUCCCAGGCCAGGUAGUGGCACUCAGCAGCAUUCUGAGCGGCAUCCUACUCAUGGCCUUCCCCGUCACGUCCAUCUUUCACACCUUCUCUCGCUCCUACGUGGAGCUGAAGGAGGAGCAGAACCGGGCGCUGAGGCAGAAGCCGGACUCACAGGACAGCACCAAGUCACAGAACAGCGAGGACUCUCAAGAGACGGACAGCUACCACGGCAUCACAGAGACCACGGCGUCAGCCGUGCAGCGAAGGAAGUCCAUGGCGGUUCAGAGGGCUGCAGAGAUUAGAGCCUCCCUUCAAACUUAGUUGCUCUGUCUGCCUGUCUGUGUUCAAGUGGCAGCCAGGGAGGUCCGUGAAAUUCUGCAGUGGGACCUUAAAUAUGACAAGCUGUAGGACUGUGGGUAGAAAGUUUUACUUUUCCAGAGCUUGGGGUCUCAGCUUUGAUAGUGUGGGGUGCUUGUGCACCAGAGUGUAUCACAAGUUUCACAGAGCAGCAAAGCUUUUUGUAACAAAAAUACAAAAACAAAAAAACAAAUGUAACUUUAAAAUAUGGAUUUCAUUACAAUAUUCAAGUAAAUUAAGAUUUCAAAAAAAAAAAAAAAAAAAACUGUAACAGUGCUCUCACUGACUGCGAUUCAGAUAAAUUGUUAUUCCGGCCGCAACCUAAUAAUGAUCCUUGUGCAGUUGCAUUUGAGUGGAAUGUCUGAAAUAAAGAUGCUUGCUGGGAUUCUAGUCUAUCACUGAAAAGAGAAAUAUAAAUAUCAUCUCCAUUAACUGUCUUUUGUGUUUUGCCCAAGCAAAUAACUCAUUGUUGUUGGGGCCUUGUUAUGUAAGUGUCAUACAAAGUACAAUGAUGUGGGCACAUUUAUUUGCAAUGAACCAGAUAUUUGAUUUCAGUGGCAAAGAAUGAAUUAAUUAUCUGUCAAAGCUGUCAAAGGGCUUUACAGUCUGCUGGAAGUUGCUGUUUUUUAUAUUUACACUGGUGGCUCUAUCUAAUACAGCAGAAUGCUUCAAAAACAGUUUAAGACGGGUAGUCUGUCGACAAUAAAGCAACAUCCCAGAUAAGCUCAGCCUGACACUCACAACUCUUCAAAUAUCGGUUAAGUUGAACAUCAGUCUCAGCCGGUUGCCUGUGACAACCUCACGGCAAGGUCAUGCUCAUGGGAGAUCACUGCAGACAAAUCAUCCAGCUAACAAAACCACAAAAUUGCAGUUUUGACAUUUUGGUUUUGUGCACAAACAAAGCAAUAUAAUGAGUUAAUUAGUCUGCUUCAGACGUGCUUGCAGGAGAAUAUUUUGCCUUUAAAUGCAGUCAAGCUAGCUCUGGUCCCUUGCUUUGUGUCUUUAUGCUGAGAUAAACUAAUUGCCUGGCAUGCAGUCACCAGCGAUGGACAUCGUCCAGAGCUGUGCUUGACUGAGAAAGUUUAUUCCCAAAUUUGAGAAUGGUUGACAGAAAAAUCAUAUUUCUAUGUCUCUUGUUUUGUUUUGUUUUGUUUGUUCCCCAGGACCUUUCAGUUCUAUUUCACUGCCUUUGUCAGUAAAGGACGUUUACUCAGUUUCAAACAAAAGCCAUAGAUUUGGCUCAGUCUCUAUCACAUGAACUAAGUGAAGAUUAACACUGAAGAACAAACCAGCCUAAGGUUGAAAACUACAUCUCAUGAUGAGAUGGUCUUAAAAGCCCUGGAACAGUAUUUGUUUUCUCUUCUACAGUUUUUGAUUAUUGCUUUCCUUAAGGUGUGGAGUUGAUUACUUAAAACUUCUGGGUCAAUGGGAAAUGAAUCUUAAGAGUCAGUGUAGGUUUUUACACCAGUCAGGUAUAAAAUUAUGACCACCUUCCUAAUAUUGUGUAGGUCUUGUCUAAGUGCAUGUCUCAGUAACAUCCACAUGAAUGAAUGCCAGGUCCAAAUAGUUUCCCAGCAGAACAUUGAAUUGUCACAAGCUGGUCAGUGUUAUUCACUUCCCCUGUCAGGGGUUUUAAUGUUGUGGCUGAUCUGUGCAUGUUUCACUGUUGUAAAAUAGGGGGCUGUGUCCAUGGAUUUGUUCAAAUUAAGUGAACACAUUUAGCUGUGAGUCUGUGCAUUUGUAUACAAUACACAUGUCAUAUAAAGCUGAUUCGAUCUUUGAGUUUGAUAAAUAACCAUCCAAAUCUAAAUCGGUAUCUUAAGUCCGUCAGUGAAGCCACCUCACCCACCAAAGCAUCUGAGUGCAGUUUGCUUUUCCUCAAAGAGGCCGUGCCAAGUGUCAUCCAUCCUCCUUCAGGCAGUCAAAACAAUCAUUUCCACAGUCCCACACGGUGUCCUUAUAUAAUUCCAUCCUCUUUGACUUCAGUGCCUUGUACUUUGAAGUGACACAUUAAACCGUUUCCCCAAUUUGUUGUCAAGCUGGAACCAUCCAAGUGUUCCUGAGAGGGCUAAUUAGGUUUUGAUAUUUUAAUAUGCCGUACAGGUUGUAGGGACACGUUUGGCCCCACUCACUCUGAAUCGCAGCCACUGGAUUAAACGAAUCCUUAGAAAGCAUGAAAAUACCACACACAACUGUCUUAUACAGUGACGAUCGUAUCCAUCCAUUAUAUUAAUAUUUAGGUUUUAAUGAAAGUGUUGUUUUGAUGAUGAGAGGAAUGUGUGUUUGAGUGGAUUUGUGGUUUUGUGCCAUGAAUCCAUAGCCCGAGGAACUGUCUCUUUUAAAAACUGUAAUAAAGAUUCUAAUGAACACA